GGCGUGAUAACUCUUCCUUUAUAACGUUCUAUGAACCUACAGCUCUCUUGUCUAAUUCCACACAUUAUUAUUCUCAGGAUAUGAAAACAUCAAAGUGCAAUAUAGAAAUAUCCGUUAUUCAACAUAUACCAUUCAAAAUCAUGUUGCUACGAGCGGCUAUAAAAGCAAAGGUACCUAAGAUAUCACGGCUAACAUAGGAGGUAUGUAAUCGGGGCAGAGCAAUGCUAGCUAUUAUAAAUGACUACCAAUGCCUACAAUGAAAUUCAAUAUUCUAGAUACUUUAGGUACCUAGCAUACCUCGAACUCACUUGUUACGCUCUAAGAACAUUGUUUCUUUAUACCUUCAUAAUUACAUUAACAAUGCCAAUUCUCUUUAAAUAUUCUAAUUUUAGGGUACACUAGGUUAGUAACCUCCAUUGUCUAUUUUCAGCCGAUAGAACCAUGAAGAACACCCAGGAGUAUUUAUUACCCCGUGCAAGUACUCAUAAACCCCAAAUCAGUUUUAUCUGCAAUAAUGGAUAACGAAUUACAAGGCGAGCGUGAUCAUCAAGAUCGGGAACAUCAAGCCGAAGAAUCGGAGCUGGACUUCGACAUUGAGGAUUUUUUACUUGAAGAGGAUCAGGGCGUAGAUUGGGAGUCAUGGUGGCAGAUCAUCGUACAUCGAAACGGAGGUGUCCAAGAAGCCGAGCCCCCUGAAUACCCAGACGGGGCCUGGAGUUUAGACGACAAGGAGGCCCCUUUCCCCUUUAACCUUAACGGAACAUGGCACUGUGCCGCGCUGUUAAUGCUGAUAAUUCUCGUACACUUCGAGUUGGAUACGGAAUGGCUGCUCCAACGCGGGUAUAGGUGCUACCUCCUACGCAUAUUCUUCAGAAUAAUUCUCACGGUAGCUAUCUCUUUCUUCAGCACGUUAGUCUUCGAAGUCAUCGGCAAUAUACUCGACCUGGCGAGGGAAGCCAUAAUCGACAGGAUUUCACUUCAGGUAAAAGCUUUCUUUGUGGAGCGCCUAGGUUGGGGACCUGUUGACAGCGAGGGACGCGCCGACUGGGCAAAUGGCGUUCCAUUCUACCACGAUACAGCGUAUUUUCACCAGCCUAUUAUUGAGAUGGUCAGUGGCAUUGCUAUAUUGGCUUUCCACUAUGUAAUUGCGGUGAAGCUAUCAGUUAUUCGACUAGUGGCGGGCUCUUGGAUUAUUUGGUUAGCGGAAUUGGUAUCAGCAGACCUAACUAAGUUUAUUGCGAGCUUACCUUCUUAUUUCGCUUUGCCUAGGCCCGAGAUAAGUGAUCCAUUCGACGCGAGGACUUUGCUCUGGGAGCACGGAGUCCCGUGGUUUCUACAGGUGUGGACAGCGGCAUUCUUGUACUUGUCCGUCUUCCUAUUCAUGUCGAGAGCGGAAAAACCAAUCAUCCUAGGACUAGGUGGCCAAGAUCCCUUUUCUAAACUUGUUUUUCAGCUUCUUCGGGCGACUGCUAUGCACCUGCUAGCAUACACGGCUUACCAAAUUACCUGUAGUUGCGUAAUCGCCGCUCAAGCACUUCUAUUCCAGUAUAACAUGUACGAUUUGUACGAUUCCCUACUUGGUCACAUAUUUACGAAGAGGAGUAACAUAGAGCUAUCAUUGGGAGCUGGCGUAUGGAUUAUGGUUGCGCACUGGCUGGUUAAGAGCGCUUGUAGAUGGUUCGUGGUUGUCUGUUGGCCGUUGUGGAUUUCAUACAUCGCAUGGCUAUCAAUCAAGACGGAGGAAUCAACUUGGCAGAACUGGAUUGUAUAUGGAUCACUGCUCGACAAUGAUAUGGAUGUACUUGAUCCGGACAAGAGAGUUACUGCGAGGGCAAUAAUGACCACCCUGUUUGGCUUGAAGAGCUCAUGGCCAGCUAGAAUGAGACUAAGUACGGGCGAUGAUGUAGACUAGCUAUAUUUUACGUGCUAGUAUAAUAUGGUUAAUAGAGGUAUUAUUGGGUAGUUAUCGGGUAGUUACGAGAUGAGUAUUUAUUUUAGGUCAAGUUCUUGAUUUAUUAGAAGCAUAGGAGGUCAUUUAUCACAUAUUACGUAGGAAACUUAGUAUCAUUUGCUC